GCCGCGACCGUUGAACAGUGUAGUACACAUACGAUCGUGCGCGUUAUUUAUCGUCGCAUUUCGUACGAGUGAUUUUUUGUCACCGUAAGUUUUGUUUGGGACGUGUUCUGCCGGUGAAACGAAUCAGGGAUCACCAACAUGGCCAGUAACAGGGCAGCCAAGUCAGGAUUCGCUGCGGAAGCGCAAAGAAAGAUCAACAGUAAAUACAGCGAGGAACUGGCACAGGAAUGUUUGGAAUGGAUCAAAACGAUCACCGGCGAAAAUAUAAACACCAACGGGGACAUGGACAACUUCUAUGAGACGCUGAAGGACGGAGUCCUUCUUUGCAAGCUGGUGAACGAUAUCAAGGAUGGAUCGGUGAAGAAAAUUAACAAGAUCAAUCUAGCAUUUAAAUGCAUGGAAAAUAUCAACGCCUUUCUAGAAGCUGCGAGAGCGUUAGGUGUACCGGCACAGGAAACUUUCCAGACUGUUGAUCUGUGGGAGAGACAAAAUCUGAAUUCGGUUGUAACUUGUUUACAAUCCCUCGGUAGAAAGGCGGGCAAUUAUGGUAAACCAAGUAUCGGACCAAAAGAAGCGGACAAAAAUGUGCGCAACUUCACCGAGGAACAGUUGAGGGCUGGACAGGGUGUGAUUAGCUUACAAUACGGUAGCAAUAAGGGUGCUAAUCAGAGUGGUAUUAAUUUCGGGAACACUAGACAUAUGUAAACUUGUUCAUCAGAAAUAAUUCAGUUUCACUCAUUGCUCGUAUUUACUUUAAUCUUAACGAUGAACUAGACUUAUGGAGAAAAUUUUGUUGUACAACAAUUCUUCUCGUUGUGGUCCAACUUGAUUCUAAACGGUGCACAAAACGCAUCCUCCGAAAUGUUAGAGGAUAAACCAAGAUGACUUUAUAUUGCAUUUAAGGUAGAGAUAGUACUGUACGUUGUCAAAUUUUUAUACCUUUUUCGGAUAAUUGAGCAGUUUGUGCUCAGACAAAUGAAAUUCAAACGUACACCUUAGACAACAAUACACACGUCGUUGAUGUAUUGUGAAAUUGUUGAAAAUAUUGAUUCAUACUUUAACAAGAGAACAAUUUAUUUACAAGUAUAUAAAAACAAAGGUAUAUUGUUGUGUCACUGGUAUCGCAUCUGGUAACGUGGCUACAUAUUUGUUAAAUAUUACAAAUAGAUUAUAAAGCAGAGUUACUCGA